GACCCAUGAGAGACUCUGGACCUGGCAGCAGCAUGAGGAGGCGGUACAGGGGCCCAUGGCAGAUUACGGGCCUGGCAGCAGCAAUGGGAGGCCCGUAAUCUGCCAGCACCCUAUGACAAAAAAUGGAACACACCAGCAGUGUGAGGAGACCUGAAAGUGGCACAUGGCAGAGUGUGGCGAUGGAGACAGCAGCAAUGGAGGCCGUACAGGGACCCAUGAGAGACUCUGGACCUGGCAGCAGCAUGGCAGAGUGUGGCGAUGGAGACAGCAGCAAUGGGAGGCCGUACAGGGACCCAUGAGACACUCUGGACCUGGCAGCAGCAUGA